GCAGCCAUCGAGCAGAGCAUCGAGCAGGAGGAAGGUCUGAACCGCUCCUCGGCCGACUUACGCAUCCGGAAAACGCAGUUCGUGGAGGUGAUGACGGAGUACAACGCCACCCAGUCCAAGUACCGCGACCGGUGCAAGGACAGGAUCCAGAGACAGCUGGAGAUCACCGGCCGGACCACCACCAACGAGGAGCUGGAGGACAUGCUGGAGAGCGGGAAGUUGGCCAUCUUCACGGAUGACAUCAAAAUGGACUCGCAGAUGACCAAACAGGCCCUGAACGAGAUCGAGACGCGACACAACGAGAUCAUAAAGCUGGAAACGAGCAUCCGGGAGCUGCACGACAUGUUUGUGGACAUGGCGAUGCUGGUGGAGAGCCAGGGCGAGAUGAUCGACCGCAUCGAGUACAACGUGGAACACUCGGUCGACUACGUGGAACGAGCCGUGUCGGACACCAAAAAAGCCGUAAAGUACCAGAGCAAAGCCCGGAGGCCAGCUAACCAACCGGCCGACCGCCCAACUAACCAGCUAACUACCCACCCAACCAGCUCCCAACCCAUCCGACCGCCCAUCUAA